AUGGCUUCUUAUGGUGCUUUGAAGGGUGCAUUUCAUUCGAUAGAUAUAACUCAAGAUCUUUACACUUCUUGUAGUUUGCUUAAUCCAUCAUCCGACGCAAUCAUGAAGCUGAAAAAGAGAAAGUUUAUGGGAAUUGUAGCAGUAGCGAAGUUCAAGCCAAAUGAACAUGAAGAGAUGAGAACAACGAAUGGGAGUAUGGGAACAACUCUCAAGUACUCUGGGGAGAAACCAAACACUCCGAUUUUGGAUACUAUUAAUUACCCGAUCCAUAUUAAGAAUCUUAAUGUCGAGGAGCUUGAAUAUCUAGCUGAUGAACUACGGGAAGAGAUUGUAUAUACAGUGUCCAAAACAGGUGGUCACCUGAGUUCAAAUUUGGGUGUCGUUGAAUUAACUAUCUCCCUCCAUUAUGUUUUUGACACCCCUGACGACAAGAUCAUUUGGGAUGUUGGUCAUCAGUCGUAUCCACAUAAAAUAUUGACAGGAAGGAGAUCGAAAAUGGAUUCUAUCAGACAAACGUGUGGACUUGCAGGCUUCCCUAAGAGAGACGAGAGUUCGCAUGAUGCUUUUGGUGUUGGCCAUAGCUCUACUAGCAUUUCUGCUGGUUUAGGAAUGGCUGUUGGUAGAGAUUUGCUGGGCAAAAACAACCAUGUAAUUGCAGUGAUCGGCGAUGGAGCCAUGACUGCAGGACAAGCAUACGAAGCAAUGAACAAUGUUGGCUACACGAAUUCCAAUCUCAUUAUUGUCUUGAAUGACAACCGCCAAGUCUCCCUCCCCACCGCUACUCUUAAUGGUUCGGCAGCCCCUGUUGGGGCUCUCAGUCGGUGCCUCACAAAGCUGCAAACUAGCCGGAAGUUUCACCAACUUCGUGAAGUUGCAAAGGGAGUAACGACAAAACUGGGGGAUAGAACACAUGAAAUUGCCGCAAAAAUGGAUUCUUGUAUGAAAGGAAUAGUGGGUGGUGAAGGAGCUUCCAUGUUUGAAGAUCUUGGGCUCAACUAUGUUGGUCCAGUAGAUGGACACAAUCUUGAAGAUCUUGUCUAUGUUUUCAACAAGAUUAAGUCCAUACAAGAUCCAGGACCUGUUCUCAUCCAUAUUGUCACUGAAAAAGGCAAAGGCUACUAUCCCGCUGAAAUUGCGUCUGACAAAAUGCAUGGUGUUGUGAAAUUUGAUACCCAAACGGGAAAACAAGUGAAAAAUAAGGUUAAAACGCUCUCAUAUACACAAUAUUUUGCGGACUCAUUGGUGGCUGAAGCAGAAAGAGAUGAUAAAAUAAUAGCUAUUCAUGCGGCUAUGGGAGGAGGCACGGGGCUUAACACAUUCAAAAAACAGUUUCCCAUGAGGUGUUUUGAUGUUGGUAUCGCUGAGCAGCAUGCUGUUACCUUCGCUGCAGGUUUAGCAACCGAAGGCCUCAAACCAUUUUGUGCCAUUUAUUCAUCUUUCUUACAAAGAGGUUAUGAUCAAGUAGUUCAUGAUGUGGAUCUUCAGAAGCUUCCAGUGAGAUUUGCUAUUGAUAGGGCGGGUUUGGUUGGAGCAGAUGGUCCAACUCAUUGUGGUUCAUUCGAUACAACUUUCAUGGCUUGUUUACCAAACAUGGUGGUGAUGGCUCCUUCGUGUGAGUCUGAGCUCAUGCACAUGGUUGCCACAGCUGCUGCCAUUGAUGAUAGUCCAAGUUGCUUUAGGUACCCGAGAGGCAAUGGAAUAGGUUCAUUUCUCCCACUUAAUAACAAAGGAACCCCUAUUGAGGUUGGUAGGGGAAGAGUUCUUAAGGAAGGAAGUAGAGUGGCGUUAUUGGGAUAUGGAACCAUAGUACAAAGUUGUUUAGAAGCAAGAGAACUACUUCAAGAGAUUGGUAUCUCAGUGACUGUGGCAGAUGCUCGAUUUUGCAAGCCACUCGAUGGAAAUUUGAUCAAGAAAUUAGCAAGAGAACAUGAGGUCAUAAUAACUAUUGAAGAAGGAGCUAUAGGAGGAUUCAGUUCUCAUGUUUCUCAUUUCUUGGCCAUGAAUGGAUUAUUCGAUGGAAAUCUCAAGUGGAGGGCAAUGAUGUUACCCGAUAGAUAUAUUGAACAUGGGGCACAAACUCACCAGCUUGAAGAGGUCGGUCUCACCCCAAAGCAUAUUGCAGCAACGGCUUUGUCGUUGAUUGGCAAGAGCAACCAAAUAACACAUCUUUUUAAUGUAUAGUUGAAGUCCUUCCCUGAUAGAUUUUCAUUAGUCUAGAGAGAAUUAAGGUUAGCCUAAGGCAAUAGUGUUGCCUGAUUCUCUUUUGAGCACAUACACAUUGUUGCUAGCUAUAUAAUAAAUGUUGUGGAUAGCAAAUUAUCAUUUUCUCUUUAUAAUUGUAUUAACAAACGAUCAGCUGAAAUCCU